AUGCGGUCCCUCGCGGCUGGCAUCCCCGGCCCGCUGCGGAUAGGGCGCACUGAGCCCGGGGAGCUGGUGGAUGGGCACAUCAUGGCUGUCCUCUCUCACCAGCAGCGGGUCGCCACAGAGCCACUUCCAGGCAGGCCCUGGGCAGCCGAAUCCCCAGACCCAAAGAGGCAGAGCAGCCCCAGGAGCAACGGCAGCUGGUUCUCCACUACCUCGGAGGUGCUGAGGGCACCAGGGGCGUUUGCCCAGGGCAACGACAGUUACUCAGCUGAAUCCAAGCACUACGGACAGACAGACGUGGUGCCGGUUUGUUCCCAGUGUUGCUCCAGUGACCUGAGCUACCCUUCGCAGCCGGGACAACUCCAGAAGACCUUUGCACGAGGAGCACUUGGUGCAUCACCCUCCGUGCCCAUGAGCGUGGCCGCUGCACAAUCCUCGACAAUCUUCACAUCCUACCAACUGGAGGAGCUGGAAAAGGCCUUCAAUGAGGCCCACUAUCCUGAUGUAUAUGCUAGAGAGAUGUUGGCCAUGAAAACAGAGUUGCCAGAAGACAGGAUACAGGUUUGGUUCCAGAACCGCCGGGCCAAGUGGCGGAAGAGGGAGAAGUGCUGGGGCAGGAGCAGCGUGAUGGCUGAGUAUGGGCUCUACGGUGCCAUGGUGCGUCACUCCAUCCCGCUGCCCGAGUCCAUCCUCAAGUCUGCCAAGGAUGGCAUCAUGGAGUCCUGUGCCCCUUGGCUCCUGGGGAUGCACAAAAAGUCUCUGGAGGCAGCGGCUGAGGCGGGGAGGAAGACGGAGGUGGAGCGCCAGGCCCUGCCCAAGCUUGACAAGGGUGACAAGGAAGAGAGGGGCCCGGAUCCCAAAACCACCAUUUCCCAAGAGGAACUGAGAGAGAACAGCAUUGCUGCCCUCAGGGCCAAAGCUCAGGAGCACAGCACCAAAGUCCUGGGGACCAUCGCCGGGGACACCCCGGCCUCAGGCAGGAAGACGGAGGCAGGGGAGGAGGCAGUGGCACCAGAGGAUGAGAGACAGAUGGAGAAGUCGAACUUGUCGCAGAAGGAGGAGAAGCUCAUCUAGGGGGGCAAGAGGCGGCAGAAGCCAGCCCUGACGGAAACUGUGUCCUC